ACGUGUCACGGCGUAAUUGGCAGAUCUGCCGUUACUUUCACGCAAUCUCAAACAAUUUUAGGCUAUAAAUUCGAAAGCCCAUUAACACAUUACUCAUAUAUUCAGAUAAACUUUUGAUUCUUCUCAGAGAAAAGAAACCCCUAGCACACUCAAUCAAGAUGCAAAUUUUCGUUAAGACCCUCACUGGCAAGACCAUCACUCUCGAAGUUGAGAGUUCGGAUACCAUAGACAAUGUUAAGGCAAAGAUUCAAGACAAGGAAGGAAUCCCUCCAGACCAGCAGAGGCUCAUUUUUGCUGGCAAGCAACUAGAGGAUGGCCGUACUCUUGCAGAUUACAAUAUCCAGAAGGAAUCUACCCUCCACUUGGUGCUCCGUCUCCGUGGUGGUAUGCAAAUCUUUGUCAAGACCCUCACAGGAAAGACCAUUACCCUUGAGGUGGAGAGCUCUGACACCAUUGACAAUGUCAAGGCCAAGAUCCAGGACAAAGAAGGCAUUCCACCAGACCAACAGAGGCUCAUCUUUGCUGGCAAACAGCUUGAAGAUGGCAGAACUUUGGCUGAUUACAACAUCCAGAAAGAAUCCACCCUCCAUCUUGUGUUGAGACUUCGUGGUGGUAUGCAGAUUUUUGUGAAGACCCUGACUGGAAAGACAAUUACGUUGGAGGUAGAGAGCUCAGACACAAUUGACAAUGUGAAGGCCAAGAUACAGGACAAGGAGGGCAUUCCACCAGACCAGCAAAGGCUCAUUUUUGCUGGAAAGCAGCUCGAAGAUGGCAGAACUUUGGCUGAUUACAACAUCCAGAAAGAAUCAACCCUCCAUCUUGUUUUGAGGCUUCGUGGUGGUAUGCAGAUUUUUGUCAAAACCCUCACCGGAAAGACAAUUACUUUGGAGGUAGAGAGCUCAGACACAAUUGACAAUGUGAAGGCCAAGAUACAGGACAAGGAGGGUAUCCCUCCAGACCAGCAAAGGUUGAUUUUUGCUGGAAAGCAACUUGAAGAUGGCCGAACUUUGGCUGAUUACAACAUUCAGAAAGAGUCCACCCUUCACCUUGUCCUUCGUCUGAGGGGAGGUAUGCAGAUCUUUGUAAAGACUUUGACCGGAAAAACCAUUACCUUAGAGGUAGAAAGUUCAGACACAAUCGAUAAUGUGAAGGCAAAAAUUCAGGACAAGGAGGGAAUCCCACCAGAUCAGCAGAGAUUGAUCUUUGCUGGGAAGCAAUUGGAGGAUGGAAGGACCCUUGCUGACUACAACAUUCAGAAGGAGUCUACUCUUCACCUUGUUUUGCGCCUUCGUGGUGGAUUUUAGCUUUUUAUGUUUCAGUCUUUAGCUUUUAUGUUUCAGAACUUAUGUAUUGGGUUUGUAAUGGCCCUGGAAACUGUUGUUUGUGAUGUGGUUUGUGUAUGACUAUGCUCUAGUUUUACUUAAUGAUGUGGUUUGUGUAUGACUAUGCUCUAGUUUUACUUAAUGAAUGUGGACAAUUUGUUGGUU